AUGGCUGAUCCUGAACUAGAAGCUAUUAGGCAGAGGAGGAUGCAAGAGCUCAUGGCUCAACAUGGCACUGGGAAGCAGGGAAAUCAGCAGAAUCCAGAUCAAGAGAGAGCUCAAGAAGAUGCUAAAAGGGAAGCUGAUGAACGUAGACAAAUGAUGCUUAGUCAAAUCUUGUCUUCCCAAGCCCGAGAGAGAAUUGCUCGAAUUGCGCUGGUGAAACCUGAGAAAGCUAGAGGUGUAGAGGAUGUUAUUCUGAGGGCUGCGCAAAUGGGACAGAUUGUUGAGAAGGUUUCUGAGGAGCGACUUAUAACGUUGUUGGAACAAAUAAACAGCCAAACAUCCAAACAGACAAAAGUCACGAUCCAGAGGCGUCGUGGGGUGGAUGACGAUUAGGAAGACAAAGACUAUGCUUUGUACAUCUUAUGGAGAUCUCACUGUUGAGUUCUUCACUAAGAUGUACUUAAAAUGUUACUGUGAAAUAUGUUUAUUAUGAAGGAUCUGAAACUGAAACUCUGCAUUUUAUCUUUUUGGAAUUUCCUCUGUGAACCAUCUCUAUCUUGACUUCCUCUCCUCUCGUUGCCUUGUAUGAUUUGGAUAUUAAUUAGAAAAGAAAACGAUUCUGU